AUGCAGCAACAUAAUUUUUAUCGACUAAAAUUAGGUUUGCCAGGUACGACUAAAAGUGAAGUUUUACAAGGAAAAUAUGCUAAACUAAUCCUUCCAGCUGCUAGUAAUGAUUAUUUGGAUGCUGUUGUUACACAUGUUGAAUCAUGGACUACAGUUCAUAUACAAUUAGCAAAUGCUUAUCAUAUAUUAUCAAAAUUGCAAAAAGAACUAAAACGAAUAUACCAUACCACCAAAUCACUAUCAAAUCCUCUCUCAGGUUCAGCUGGAAUAAUGAAAUAUGGCUUACAAAAUGAAUGCUAUCGUGUACUUAUUAUUAAACGUAUCGAUCCAACAUUAAUAUUUGUACGAUUUGUCGAUUUCGGUUAUACAGAUGUUGCAACAAAACAGCUAAUUCAUCCAAUACCAAAAAAUUUAACUGCCAUACCUGCUCAAGCAUUUCCAAUACGAAUGGAAUUAAAACAAGGCAUAGCUGGAUCAGUGUCCUUUAAUGCUUUUCGAAAAUAUUUAACAAAUGCGCAAGUUAUCAUUCAAUUAGGUAAUAAAAUUGUGAAUGAUUCUUUCAUGGGAGUUAUACAUGUGAUUGAUGAAAGUAAUAGAUGGCAUUGGAUGAAUGAAGCGAUUGAAUCAAAAAUUCCUAUCAAAAAAUUAGUGAUCAAUGAUAAUGAAGGUGAAGAAAUGAUGGCUUAUAUCAGUGAUGAUUUUAAUAAUCAGCCAAUGAGGAUGAUAAUCAAGCCAUCCGGAAAAAUUGAUUCAAUAGAAAAUGAAAAUAAUCCGAAAAUGAUUGAUCAGCACAAAAAUAAUGAUAAUCAAAUAAAUGAUAACGAUUGGAAAAAUGACCAGAAUGAACAGCUUCAACUGAUUGAUGAUAAUAACAGUGAUAGGAAAAUUAUUGUUGAUAAUCUUGGAAAUAAAAUUGUGAUAGAUAAAAGCGAUAAGGAAACGAAUGGUGCAGAAAGAAAAUAUGAGAAUCGAGGAAAAAAUUAUCGAAGUUCAGCACAAAUAUCAGGAAAUAAUCAGAAUCAUCAAGAUAAAAAAGUGAAUGCGAUUAAACUGCGACCAUUGGAUGAAGCACAAAAAAGGGAAAAAAAUCGUAAAAAACUAUCUAAAAAUGAGGAAAAUGAAAAUUAUGAAAAUUUGGAUAGCUUUAUAUCAAGAAAUUACCAAGAAUUAAACAAUAUUACCAAUAAAAAUUUCGAUAAACAACAACAAACGACACCAUAUCAAAUUAAUUUGAAAAUGUCAACAAAUCCCGGCAAUUCAUCAAUAUGGAUUAUAAUUCUAACAAGUCUAAUAGUGGCUAUUGUUUUCAUUAUUGCAUUCGUUCGAAAACGAAAAUGGAUUCUAUCAAAAAUAAAUAGACAAAACGAUGAAAAAAAAUUUAUAAAUGAUCUCAAGAUUAAUCAUCCAAUUGCAACAAAAAAUAGUGUAUUGGAAGGAUCAACAGAAACGAGUCAAACUACUACUAGCAAUUCAUGGAAAAAUGCUGGAAGAGAAAAAAAUUUGACAACUCUCGAUAAUAAAUUAAAAACGGAAGAUUUAGGCUCUGUAAUUGGUUUAAUGGCUUAUGGUAGUUUGAAAGAUGACAUUGAUAAUAAUUUAAAGAGAAGGUAUAACAAUAGUGCUUUUCGACAACAUGCUGGUCGCUCAAUUACUGAUUUCAAUUUGCCAUUAUCGUCAACUUCCACUGAUUAUACGACAAAUACUCAAGAAAGAUCACAAAUCAUAGUGAAAAAUCAAGAUAAUAAAAUGAAUAAUAAUAAUAAUAAUAAUAGUUUUAGCGAAGAGUUAAUUGACAUAUAUUCGGCAAAGUUUACUUCCGAAAGCACUGAUAACGAUCAGUUAGAGUUAUCAGCUAGCAUCGAUGAUACAACACUAACUGAUAUCGUUAAUAGGAAGCAAAAUAUGAAAUCAAGAAAUCAUCGAUGCAAGAAUAAUCGAAAUAAUGGGACAUUCACAGAAAAGGAAAUGUCAACCGAUGAUGAUGAAUCAUCGUCAGAUGUGUCACCAUCAAAUAGUAUGAGUUCAACAAAAACUACUGAUACUUCCACUGAAGCAACAGCAAAAUAUAACUCAGCAAAAAUCAUUCAAAAUGAAAUCGCGAAUCAUUCCGAUAAUCAACUGAUAACUUCAUUACCUAAAAGGACAACUCAUACAAGUAAAUGGAUAAGAAGUGAUAUGAUACAAAAUGAUAGCUAUGUUAACACUCAACAAAAUUCAAACUUUGAACGAAGCAAAUUACAGCAACCAGAUUCAGUUCCUGAAUCGAAUUCCGUUUCACGAACUUCGCCGUUCCGGCAUACGCUAUCAUCAUCGUCAUCAUCAUUCACUCAAACAAAUCGUUCUUUGUCAAAUGAAAAUAUCGAGGAAAACAAAUAUCAGUAUGCAAAUUCGGUACAUUCAUCUGACUUCGAAAUACCUUCUUACCUAAAUACUAUCCCUAAAUCAUCCUACAGUCAACAAUUCACUUAUGAGACAUCACAAGAAUGGAUAUGUCCACAACAAAUCAAUAAUAUCAAGAAAUGGUCACCAUCAUUAAUACAAGAAAGAACAAACAGCACACAAACUCAUACAAAUUCGAAAUUAACACAACACUUCAGGAUUCUACCGGAAAAUGUAAAAACUCAUACAAAUAGUAAUAAUAGUAUAUAUUCCGAAUCAACACAAACCAAUAGGAUUCUACCAAUAUAUCAAUUAGAAAACAUACCAAAGAGAUUUUCAAGUGAGACUAAUGCAGUCAAAUGCAUGUCGAAAUCAUUUCAUCAAAUUGAUGAAACCGCAAAAAUUUCAUCAAUUCAUCAAUCACAAAAAUAUCCAUGUAUUCAUUCAAUACCAAGUGAAACAACAAGUGCAUCAGAUGCAUCUAGAACAUAUUGUAUGGAUUUUCAAACAUCUCUACCAUAUAAAUCUAUUGAAAAUGAACAAAUUAGUAAAUCUGAACAAUGUAUCGAAUCGUAUCCAAGAACGAAUGAACAAUUUAUUCAUUCAGAAUUAUCAUCAGAAAUAGCACAAACAGAAGAAUCAAGUUUAAUGGAAGGUUUGAAAAUGAAAAUAGUACUGAUACCAAGGCAAUAUCAAUUAUCACAUAAUGAUACUACAGAAGAUGAAGAAUGCUACAGUGAUCAAAAAAUUGAUCAAUACGAAAGCAUAUCAUCUUUUAAUUCAUCAGCAACAAGCAUAAUUUAUGAAAGUAGCCAUGAUUUAACAACAUUUAAAUCAUAA